CGCCGAGGGCUCAACAUCCGAGGACUUUGGCCCAGAGUAACCCUGCUCGCGUGACCUUUCCCCUCCAUUCUGCACCUGGAGCGGCGGGCCUGGCGCGCUGGCUGCGGUUGGGCGCUUGUUCUGCACCCUUCCGCCGCGCUCCCUUCGGCGCUUCGGCGCACCCCCUCGCUGCCCCUCCGUGCGACUCCCCGUCAUGGCGGCUCUCAGCAAGUCCAUCCCUCAUAACUGCUACGAGAUCGGCCACACUUGGCACCCUUCCUGCGGGGUCUCCUUCGUGCAGAUCAGCAGGGGCGCCCUGGAGGAGUCCCUGAAGAUCUACGCUCCCCUGUACUUGAUUGCAGCAAUUCUCCGGAAACGAAAAUUAGACUAUUAUUUACACAAACUACUCCCUGAGAUCCUACAAUCUGCUUCAUUUCUGACUGCUAAUGGGGCCUUGUAUAUGGCUUUCUUUUGCAUUUUAAGGAAGAUACUUGGAAAAUUCUACUCUUGGAGUCCUGGCUUUGGUGCCGCUUUGCCAGCAUCUUAUGUGGCCAUUCUAAUUGAAAGAAAAAGCAGGAGAGGGCUGCUCACAAUUUAUAUGGCCAAUUUGACCAGUAGGCAUUGGAUUUGGUGCUCACCCUAAUUCAAUAUGACAUCACUUUGAUUACAUCU